AUGGAGAUUAAAUCUCUGGAAAAGUACGAGAAUGGCCAGGCCCGUUUUCCUGGUUGUUCGCACAUCCGUGAUUAUGAAUUCCUUGACAAGCUUGGAGAAGGAACAUUCGGAGAGGUCUACAAAGCAAGGUCUAAGAAGGACACCAAAAUUGUGGCCUUGAAAAAGAUCCUCAUGCAUCACGAGAAAGAAGGCUUCCCUAUUACCGCCAUCCGAGAGAUCAAACUCAUGAAGGCACUCUGCCACCCAAACAUUUUGCAGCUCAAGGAGAUGUCAAUCGAGCGAGGCAAAGGCGAAGGGCGGAAAAAGCCGAGCAUGUACAUGGUAUUUCCAUACAUGGAACAUGACCUGUCUGGGCUCCUGGAAAACCCGGCAGUUCAAUUCACCGAACCACAGAUCAAAUGCUACUUGAUGCAACUCCUCGAAGGGCUCAAGUUCAUGCACGCAAACCGCAUCCUACAUCGUGAUAUGAAAGCGGCGAACCUGCUAAUUAGCAAUGGAGGAAUUCUCCAAAUCGCUGAUUUUGGUCUUGCUCGGCCCUACGAUGAUGCCCCUCCAUUACCCGGAAAAGGAGGUGGAGAUUCCAAAAGAGAAUACACUGCACUUGUUGUCACGAGAUGGUACCGUCCUCCGGAGUUGCUGCUACAGCUGCGGAAAUACACUACUGCUAUCGACUUGUGGGGAGUUGGAUGUGUCUUUGGCGAGAUGUUCAAGGGCAAGCCCAUCCUUGCUGGAAACAGCGAUCUUAACCAAGCAGAACUGAUAUUCAAUCUUGUGGGCACUCCCACCGAGGAGAAUAUGCCCGGAUGGAGUCAACUCCCGGGUUGUGAGGGUGUGAAAAACUUCGCCUACAAACGUGGGAACCUCCACGGAGUCUUCAAGGACCUAAACCCGGCCGCUAUUUCUCUAUUAAGCGAAUUCCUCAAAUUAGACUGGCGGAAACGCAUCAACGCCAUGGAUGCAUUGAAGCACCCAUACUUCACCACGCCCCCACUCCCAGCGCGACCCGGCGAAAUCCCCCAAUUCGCAGAUUCCCACGAACUCGACCGAAAGAAGUUCCGCAGCCAGCGCGUGCCAAUGCCCCCAGUUCCCCCACCCGUUUCCGACUCAAGCAACGGCGCUUGGCCAAGCUCUGGUUCUCGCGGAGCAGACUCCCGACAUGGCCGCAUCCCCGGCCCCCCUCGUGGAGGCAGACCAAAUAUGCCAGGAAAUCAUGGACACCACCCACCUCACGGAAACCCGCAACGCCGCGGGCCUUUCCCACCUACACAACGAGAUAUCGGAUUACCCCCGCGUCCUCCCGUACCAACCCGCCCGCCGUGGGAAGUACCGCAGUCCAACAGACCUGAUGGGAGAGACGAUCGCCGAAAUCAAUCCGGACAAGGGCGCCCAGGACCCAGACCAGGGAACCUGGACUCUUACGUUCCUAACUACAGCAAUAGUGACCGUGACCGUGGCAGUGACCGCGGUGAGCGCGGCGACCGCGGCAACGAUCGCUCGCGAGACUCUGGUGAGCAUGGCUCGCAUUCAAACGCCGAUUGGCGCUCGACAGGUCGACGUGAUUACCGCCGGGAUCCUCCAUCCCGAAGAAGGAGCCGCAGUCCCGGAUUCAGAGAUGGGAGUCGAGGCUAG